AUGGGGUCAUUUCAUUCUCGUUCACUUCUUCUCACGCCGCUGCACCUGACGGCCCCGCCGUCCCCUCUGACGGCCCCGCUGCUGCACCUAACGGCCCCGCCGUCCCCUCUGACGGCCCCGCCACUGCACCCUACCGGCCCCGCCGCUACCCCUGACGGCCCCGCUGCUGCACCUGCCGGCCCCGCCGCCUCAUCUGCAGGCCCCGCCGUCUCACCUGCUGGCCCCGCUGCUGUACCUGACGGCCCCGCCGCUUCACCUACCGGCCCCGCCACUACCCCUAACGGCCCCGCAGCUGCAUCUCCCGGCCCCGCCGCCCCAGCAACUGCGCCGCCCCAGCAGCCGAGCCGCCCCGGCAGCCGAGCCGCCCCAGCAACCGAGCCGCCCCAGCAGCCGAGCCGCCCCAGCAGCCGAGCCGCCCCAGCAGCCGAGCCGCCCGAGCCGCCCAGCAGCCGAGCCGCCGAGCCGCCCGAGCCGCCGGAGCCGCCCGAGCCGCCCGAGCCGCCUGCACUGCCCUGUCUGGUGAGCACUGAGCUUUACUCUGCGCACUGCCCUCACCCCACUGCUGUCAUGGCUACCCCCAGUGUCCUCAUCUUCGACGCUGAGGGCAGAGCCAUCGACUUUGACGUGUGGGUAGACGACCUGCUGCUUUUCUUACAGUGCGACAGAGCUGACGGCCUCUCUCUCUUUGAUCUCACUUCUGGUGCCUCUCCCGCCCCUGCUGCUACUGAGGAUGCCACUGUUCGCUCACAGUGGGCCACACGCGAUGCUGCUGCACGUCUUGCUGUGCGUCGCCACCUCCCUCCCUCUGAGCGUGCACACUUUGGGUCGUACAAGAGUGCUCAGACCUUGUACGACGCCGUUAUUGCACGCUACUCCACCCCUGACACUGCUGCACUGAGCCGCCUCAUGCUACCGUACCUCUUUCCUGACCUUGCUUCUUUUGCCACAGUCGCCGACCUCAUUACCCACCUGCGCACUAGUGACGCUCGCUUCCGCGCUGCGCUUCCUGCUGAGUUCUGCGCCAAGAACCCCCCCCCCCAGUACUUCACUCUCUACUACAUUGUCACCCGCCUCCCUGACUCCCUUCGCGGAGUCAGGGACGACUUACUCUCAGUCUGCCCCACCACUCUCACUGUUAACAUCCUCGAGAAGUCCCUCCUAGCAGCCGAGAAGAGCAUUCUCGCUGUAGGGGCCUCUCGUGGAGCGGUGGUGGAGGCGGCGGGGGCGGUGGGAGCGGCGGUGGAGGCAGCGGAGGAGGUGGGGGUGGUAGCGGGAGUGGUGGCGGGAGUGGAGGUGUCAGCGGCGGCAGUGGAGGCGGGGGUGGCAGCGGCGGUGGUGGUGGAAGUGGAGGCGGGAGGCGGCGGUGGCGGCAGCGACGGUGGGAGUGGCGGUGGCAGCGGAGGUGGUGGCGGCGGGGGUGUGUCAGAUGAUUAUAUUACUGAUGCAUAUAUUUAG